AUGAGCCCCAACCAUUACACAUCAUUACAGGUAGUGAUCCUGGACGAGCCAACAUCAGGACUGGACCGCGAGGCUCGCCGAAUUAUCUGCGACAUCCUCCAGGAAGAGAAACGAGAUCGAACGAUUCUUUUGACGACCCAUGACAUGGAAGAAGCCGAUGUGCUGGGGGAUCGCAUCGCAAUAAUGGCCCACGGUCGACUGCAAUGCUUCGGAUCCUCCAUGUUCCUCAAGAAGCACUACGGGAGCGGCUACACCUUAAAGGUCACAAGGACACCGGACUUUCAAGAACAGGAAGUCCUUUCCCUUUUGCAAAAAUCCUGCCCAGAAGCAGAGCUAAAGAGCAGCCCAGGUAGCGAAGCAAGUUACCGGCUGCCCUCCUCCAUGGCGCAAGUGUUUCCUUUUGUCCUUGAAACCCUGGAGAAAUCCAAAGCCCAGCUUGGCAUCGGAAGCUUCUGCAUCUCCGUCACUACCCUCGAAGAUGUCUUUCUCAGAGUAGGGGAGGGAGCAGACGCUGAUGGAGGCAUCAAGCAGUCUCGAACCGGUCACACAGACAUCCAUCAUGCCAGCACCUCCAGGUUGAUCGCGAUGUAUGGAAAGAAGAGGAGCAUUUCCCUCUUUGUCCUACAAUUCAAGGCCCUUCUCACAAAAAAGUUAAUUUACAUCUCUCGAAAGUGGAAACUAAUGAUCGUCCUGGCCAUCAUACUUCUGGGGUUGGCCCUUGGAGCUCAGUUCUUCGUUAAAGCCUUCACGGCCUCAAAUCCCAUGUUCAACACGUUGGAUAUGAAAGUUGACAUCUACGGGAAUACCUUUGUCCCAUAUGAAGUCUUGCCUGGUCUCGAUGAUAAACUCAUGAAAUGCUUUCUCGAUGGAUUGCCGGGUAUCAGCUCGCCUGAGACGUCAAUGGGACAGAACUUCCUCCAGUACUUGUUGAAAAUCGGGACAGAAGAUUGGCUGAAGUACCAAUCCCAGUAUGUCAUCGGCGGAUCCCUAUCCAGGAAGGAAAGGAUGAUAAAUUGGACGCAAACUUUCACAGCCUUCUAUCAGACCGCCCCGCUUCAUAGCAGCGGGAUCGCCGUGAAUCACAUGAGCGACGCCAUGGCGAAGUUCAUCCUCGGGAGGGAGCAUUCUAUCCUUGCGUACAACCAGCCUCUCCCAGACAGCUUCAGGGGCACAUUGGACGACGCGAUCUCAAGUUUUCAGGAGAAAACUUCAGAUCGCUUGUGGGAAGGUUCUGACGAGAGUACUGCUUCAGCCUUGACAUUCGCCACCUUUCUCUGCCUGGGGAUGUCCCUCUUCGCCAGUUCCUUCGCCCUCUUCCCCGCGGAGGAGAACGAGUCUACCGCCAAGCAACUCCAACUCAUGACCGGGGUGCGGCCGGAGUGGUACUGGGUGGCGAACUUGAUGGGAGAUGGGGUCGUCUUCCUCGUCGUUUCUGCCUUUGUCGUUGGGAUCAUGGGCGGAGUCGAUGCCGACGACAUCUUUGCAGAUAGUUAUGGAGGUCUUGGUUCCUUGGUCUGUUUGCUGCUGAUGUACGGCUUCGCCGCCCUUCCCUUCGCCUACGUCUUCAGCUUCGGCUUCAAGAAUAGCGGGGCGGCAUUCACCGUCCAUGCGCUCGUGAAUACCUUCCUCGGGGCGUCGUUAUUGACAGUCGGAUUGCUUUACGAGUACGAUUCCCGUACAUUCCCGGGGAUCCGCAAGGCCCUCGGGAGCGGGUUCCCGCUGAUCGUCAAGGCCCCCGGGAGCCUGUUCCCGCUUUUCGGUUUCGGACACGGGAUCGUCAACCUCAUACACCUGGCCAACAAUAACGGGCGAUGUGAGGCCAUUGGAUACAAUGUCAGGAGCUUUUUGUGUUCCACGCCCAACUUAACCGAAUAUGCUACCCUCUCCGUUUGUUGCGGGGAAGAGAAGAACAUUCCCCCCCUCCCCAGGGGUGGAUUUGGAAUCAGGUGGACGUCCCUCCUGGUGGAAAUCAAACAAGGUGGACGUCCUCCUGGUUCCAAAUCAACUGUAGAGGAGAGGGAUGCCUAG